UUUUUUUUUUUUUUUCUCUUUGGGUGUGUUUUUCUGCCACCAAAUUAAAAGUCCAAAGUGUUAUAUAGCACUUAGUUCCUAUAUGAUAGAGCAGGAUCAAUAGCUCACAAUAAACACAAAGAAGAAAUUUUGCAAAAAGAAAAAGAAACAACUAGAAUCUCAUCAUCAUGGGAGGUGGAUUCAAUGAAGAAUAUGGAGGAAUAACAAUGGAAGAAGAAGAAGAGAAGAAUAAGUGGCCACCAUGGCUGAAACCACUUCUGAAAACAAGCUUCUUUGUUCAAUGCAAAGUCCAUCAAGAUUCUCAUAAGAGUGAAUGCAACAUGUAUUGUUUGGAUUGUGUUAAUGGUGCUCUUUGUUCUGCAUGUCUGGCUUCACACAAAGAUCAUAGAACAAUUCAGAUAAGGAGGUCUUCAUACCAUGAUGUGAUAAGAGUGUCUGAGAUUCAGAAAUUUCUGGACAUAACAGGGGUCCAAACCUACAUUAUUAACAGUGCCAAGAUUGUGUUCUUGAAUGAGAGGCCUCAACCCAGGCCUGGAAAAGGUGUAACCAACACCUGCCAAGUUUGUGAGCGCAGCCUCCUUGAUUCCUUCAAUUUCUGCUCACUUGGUUGUAAGAUUGUUGGAACCUCCAAGAAAUUCAGGAAGAAGAGAAUGUUGGGGGAGACAGAUGGUUCUUCAGAUGGAGAAGGGUCAAUGAAUGGCAUUGGCAAUGGAAGUGCUAGGAACAAAAUAAUCCAAAGUUUUACGCCUUCGACGCCACCGCCGACGGCGGUCAACUACAGAACUUCUUCCAAGAGAAGGAAAGGAGUUCCACAUAGAUCUCCAAUGGGGGGAGGACUUAUAAUAGAAUACUAAAAAUAUUACACUAUAUUAUUAUUAUUAUACUUGGCAUGUUUGGUUUUUCUUUUAAGAAGCUCUCAAAUCAUGGUUUUGUUCGAAACCAUGUUUGGGAGCUUAAAAAAUGAAAAACCAAACAUUCUUUAUAGUGAAAAGAAAAGAUAUAGCAUGUGCUGUCCUAAGAAAAUAUGCUUUGAAUUUUUACAUAGUUUUACAAUGCCUGAGCCUUGAUCCAUGAGGCCGGUGAUGGGAACUAUUAUUUAUCUUUUGUAUAGAACAAGAAAUAGGAUGGAAAAAAGGAAAAUUACCCCAAGAAAAAGGAAAAAAGGGAAGGAAAAAAAAGAGAGGGAAAAUUAUGUGUGUUAGAAAGGAAAUAAUGAUAUAUAGUAUAUAGUGUAGAGUAGGGAGUAUUUUCAUGUUGAUAUAUAAGAAUGGGAUUAUUGAUGCAUAUAUGUUUUAAUAAUGUAUUAUAUGGUUAAUGUAAAUAGUGGCUUGUAGAAAGGAAUUUGUAUAGCAUCAAAAUUAGACAAAUAAUAAAAGGGUUAUGGUGA